CCUACUCCAGUGCAAGGAGGUGGCCAUAAUGUCAUUCUUGUUUGGUGUAGCUCCGCCCCAACUUCUGACUGGGCAGGUUUGAUAAGCACAUUGCCUCCAAACAAUCCAAACCAGCAUCUGUAGGAAAUGCUGAGGGGAGAUGGUGUGCAGAAACUAAAAAAAAAAAAAAAAAUCUCCAGGCCCAUCCCUAAACCUCUUUCCACUCAACUUUUCCUUUCCACUUUACUCCACCAUGGAUAAAGAGUUCAUCAAGGAGGUUCUUGGUUUGUGUUUGCAAAGGAUUUCCUUGGACGAGAGCAUCAAUUAUGAAACUGAGAUGUUUAUUGUGGCUUUGCGACACUAUGAGGAGGUCAGGAAGAAAUGGCUCUAUUCAGAACAGGAGCUGAAGAAAUACAAGGAGCUGCUGGUUAAAUCAGAAGUGUCCCGCACCGCUUUGGAGGUCCAACUGAAACACGCCCGGAACCAGGUCGACGUGGAGAUCAAGAGGCGCUACAAGGCAGAGGCCGACUAUCUGUACCUGGAGCGGCAGAUGCUGCUGGUGAGUGAUAUACUUGUCCAUGACAGCAAAUCAAGUGCCUGCCUUAAUGAUGAGCAGAAAUCCAUGCUGGCCAACUUCAAUCACAGAGGAGCCAACAUUACUCAGCGCAGGACCAGGAGGUUAUCAGUGAUCGAUGAGUCCUCGUUUCUGUCUCAUUCAGACAUCAGCUACGACCGAACUGAUGAUGACCUGGACUUGGAGAGUUCGGCAGUGGUGAAGCCUCUGAAGUCGAGAGCUCGUGAGAAAAGACGUUCCUCCAUGGGGCCUAACGUUGGUGUUCAGAUGCAGAAGCGUGGUCGUGGACGUUCUGGGGACCUCCUUGCUGGACGGCAAAUGGAAAAGGAAAUAGAGACCACAACUGUUACAGCAUCGGUCACUACACCCGACAACGGAGGUCAGAUUCACAUGGUGAUUGACAUCACCCAGGAGCUCCCAGAGCUGCCGGGCUGGACCAGAACUGAACUCCUCCCACCUGCUUCCAGUAAAUCCCAGUCCCAGGCAGCACAGCGCUCCGAGGCAAUGUGUGUUACAGAGCAGACGUCAGUGUGGUCCUCCAGUGAUGUAACCAGAGCAGAUAUGGUCACAGAGAUGGAAGUGACCACCUUAGAGCCCCCCAGAGCUGCUCCAGACCCCACUCCAGAGCCCACUUCUACUGUGGACCAAACCCAGCAGCACGUGUUCCACCCCAAAACUGUUAUCCAUCCUGAGACAUGUCUGCCCUGUGGGAAAAGAGUCCGGUUUGGGAAGAUGGUGAUGAAGUGUCGAGACUGUCGUGUGGUGGCCCAUCCUGAGUGUAAACACUUGUGUCUAGAGAGAUGUUCUCCUAAUGCCCACAGUACAAAACACCCUCCUUCCAGUGAGGGAACGUUGGAAAGCUUCGCCCCGCUCACACGGCCCAAAGUUCCAGUCCUCAUCACUCAGUGUGUACAAGAAAUUGAGAGGCGGGGUUUGAAGGAGAAGGGUAUAUACCGUGUGCCAGGUGGAGAGCGGAUGGUGAAGGAGCUCAGAGAGCGCUACGUUAACCGUAAAGGGCCACUGAUGCUGCACAAAGUGGACGAGGUCCAUGUGGUCUGUAGCCUUCUUAAAGAUUUCCUGCGGAAACUCAGAGAACCCCUCAUCACCUUUAAACUCCACCGAGUUUUCAUGGAAGCAUCUGAGUUGCCUGACGAUGAUAACAGCUCAACUAGGAUGAUCCAGGCCAUCGGAGAGCUGCCCCAGACCAACCGAGAGACACUGGCUUUCCUCAUGCUGCAUCUGCAGAGGGUUAUGCAGAGUCCUCUGUGUCAGAUGGAUCAGAAUAAUUUGGCCCGUGUGUUUGGGCCCACCAUAAUUGGACAUGGCAUGAAGGAGCCAACUUCACUGACCAUUCUAAAGGACAUCAACACACAACCCAAGGUGGUUGCGCGUCUGCUUUCUUUCCCUGCAAAUUACUGGAAAGGUCUCCUGACUGUGAAGAGUGAUCUGGUCAUUUCAUCUGUGGUGGAAACCAAUGUUGGCAGUGCUGCUUCAACUUCAAACAGAGACCGGAUUUUCAAACCAGUGACAUCACCUGAACUCAAUAAAUACACCAGCACUCCAGGCAGCACCUCCAUCAAGGGCAGGAUCAGGAACCUGGGAAGUGCCUUUAACAACCCAGCCAAAACCAAAACUGAACCUGGAAAGAAGAAAUUUUUUACUUCACCGAUGUGACGAAAGCAAAGACAGCUUAUAUAAAUGUGUAUAUAAAUAAUAUAUUUUGUAAAAUAUUAAAGUAAUUAUGUCACUUGUGGGAAUCACUUAUAAAAAGUAAAUAAACAUCAUCACUGUC